AUGAAGGUCCUCGAAUUCUCCAUUUCCUUAAUUGCCCUCCUCCCUGUCCUGGCGACAGCAGCCCCUGUGUCCGACCCCCUCGAAGGCACCGGCCUCGAGAAGCGGCGCAAAGCCCAAACAUGCAAGAUCAUCAACGUCGACCACACUGUCAACUGCCGAUACCAGCCACAUCUUGAUGCCGGGGAGAUUUUUGGCUUUCCCAAGGGAGAGAAGCUCACGUUUGCUUGCUACAAGAAGGGAGACUGCUACAGUGGUGUUUGUACUUGGGAUCAGAUCACUUAUCUUGGAACGACGUGCUAUGUGAAUGGGUACUUUACUGAUAGUAACUGCUCGAGCAAAAAGCUUCCCAAGUGUUAG